GUAAACAACUGGAAGACGGACGUACUCUCUCAGACUACAAUAUCCAGAAAGAAUCUACACUUCAUUUGGUCCUUCGUCUUCGUGGUGGUAUCAUUGAGCCUUCACUUCGACAGCUUGCUCAGAAGUACAACUGUGAGAAACAAAUUUGCCGUAAAUGUUACGCUCGUUUACCACCGCGUGCUACGAAUUGCCGUAAAAAGAAGUGUGGACAUUCAAAUGAUUUGCGUAUCAAGAAGAAGCUGAAAUAA